GCACCGUGAGGAUCGACGGCCUCGCCAUAUCCCCAGACGACCUGCUGGUAGAGGCCGUGGAGCUGCAAGGCGAGCUGGCGCUGGAGGUGGAGGUCGACGGCCAGGCCUUCGACGUCACCUUCAGCAACUCUGCCGCCGACGGCCCGGCCGUGAGCCUGGACGGGCAGCCGCCCAGGGCGCUCACGUCGCUGCCCGCCGAGGUGCACUUCUCGAGGCAGGCCAUGUGCAUCGGGCCGCUGUGCGUGCGGUGGCCGCGGCGACCCUCCGAGGGCGCCCCCGAGCCGGCGCUUGCCGCGGGCGCGCCUGGCCCCGACGGGGAGGCGGGGGCGGGGCCGAUCGUGGAGGUCACCUCGGAGGAGCAGUUCGAGCGCAUGGUUCGGGAUGCCGGCGACAGGGGCGUGGUCAUCGACUUCAACGCCUCCUGGUGCGAGCCCUGCAAGAGGAUCCUGCCCUCGCUGAGGCGCUGGGCCGCGGGGCCCCACGCGGAGCACCUGUACCUCGGCGUGGACGGCAACGUGCUGGAGGGGGUGGCCUCGGCGUACGGCGUCGACGGGUUCCCCACGUUCCUGUUCCUCAAGCGCGGCGAGGAGGUGGUGCCGAGGCUGGUGGGCGUCGAGGCCCACGGCGGCGAGGAGGCCCUCGAAAGCCGGCUGCAGGCGCUCAAGACUGCGCCCGCCCCGCUUGAGGCGGCCAGCGCGAGGCUGGCGCCCGAGGUGCCUCAGCGCACGGCGUACGACGCCAUCAUCAUCGGCGGUGGCUCUGGCGGGAUGGCUGCGGCCCGGCAGGCCGCUCAGCUCGGCGGCGAGGUGGCCAUCUUGGAUUUCGUGAAGCCUUCCACGCAGGGCACGAGCUGGUCUCUUGGCGGGACCUGCGUGAACGUGGGGUGCGUCCCCAAGAAGCUGAUGCACUACGCGGCCCUGUGCCGCGAGCAGCUCGCAGACGCGACGGCCCUCGGCUGGGACACGGCGGGCCGCGCGCCCUCGCUGGACUGGAAGGCGCUGGUGCAGAGGGUGCAGGACCACGUCAAGAAGCUCAACGUCUCGUACCGGCGCGGCCUCGACGCCGCGGGCCUGCGGAGGCUGCGGGGCGGGGAGACGCUGAGGCUCAGCGAGGGCAGCGUCACGUACUACAACGCCCUCGCGCGCUUCGUCGGCCCCAACGAGGUGGCCUUCAGGACGGCGCGCGGUGCGGAGGGCACGCUGACCGCUCCAGCCAUCGUCGUGGCGACGGGUGGCCGGCCGCGGGUGCCGCGGGAGGUGCCUGGCGCGCUGCAGCACGCGAUCACGAGCGACGACGUCUUCUCGUUGCCUGGGCCGCCGGGCAAGACGCUGUGCGUGGGCGGCGCGUACAUCGCCCUGGAGUGCGCCGGCUUCCUCACCGGCCUCGGCUUCGAGACGGCCGUGGCCGUGCGCUCCAGGCCCCUGCGCGCCGAGGCCUUCGACAAGCAGUGCGUCAACAAGGUCGUGGACCUCAUGGCCCGCCAGGGCACCCGCUUCCUGCGGGCGGCCGUCGAGCGCGUGGAGCGGCGCCAGGACGGCAGGCUCGACGUCCACUUCGCUGCCGCGCCAGAGCCGGCGGCCGACGCCGAGGCCGGUGCCGAGCCGGACACCACGAGGUACAGCAGCGUGCCGCCCGUGGAGACGUUCGACACGGUGCUGUACGCGACGGGGCGGAGCGCCGACACGGAGCGGCUCGGCCUCGCCGCGGCCGGAGUGGUCGUCGGCGAGGACGGCAAGAUCCCCGUCGACGACGGGGACGCGACGAGCGUGCCGCACAUCUACGCGAUCGGGGACGUGGUGGAGGGCUCCCCAGAGCUCACGCCGACGGCCGUGCGCAGCGGGGAGCUGCUCAUGAGUCGGCUCUUCGGCGCCUCGACCGCCAGGGCCGACUUCAACCUCGUGCCCAGCACGGUGUUCACGCCCUUCGAGUAUGGCCGCGUGGGCAUGUCUGAGGAGCAGGCGCGGCGCGUGCACGGCUCCGAGAACAUCGAGGUGUUCCUGUCCGAGCACGACACCCUGGAGCUGGGCGCCGUGGGGCGGGUCGGCCGCGACGGGCGCGCGCUGGAGGGGAACGUGCUGGCGAAGCUCGUGUGCCACCGAGGCGAGGGCAUGCGGGUGCUCGGCGUCCACUUUGUGGGCCCCGCAGCGGGCGAGGUGACGCAGGGCUUCGCACUGGCCCUCCGGCUUGGGGCCACCAAGCGCGACUUCGACGAGCUGAUCGGCAUCCACCCCACGGACGCCGAGGCGUUCGCGCAGCUGCGCGUGGCCAAGAGCUCGCGCGAGGAGUGGAAGUCGGUGGGCGGAUGCGGCGGGGGGACUUGCUGACUGACAACGCGCGCGCCGGAAGGAGGUCCAAGGACGUGGUUGCACAACAAGAAUCUGCGCGCCCGGAAUGGGGACGGACAGUAUGGGCACGAUGCUCAACAGAAGCGCCUAUUCAUCUGGAACAAGAUUAGCUGUUUUUCGGG